AUGAAGAGUGAAACUGAAGUGACAUCUUUGAACAUUAAGUUGGCGAGAUUUUUGCUAACUUAUAGAAUCACCCCCCACUCAACCACCGGAGAGCCACCGUCCCAGUUGUUUUUGGGAAGAAGAUUACGCACUCGACUGGACUUGUUAAAACCAGAUCUCUUCAUCCAGGUAAACAACCGUCAGAUAGACCAGUCUGUUGCCAAGAGUGGUUCUGUAACAAGGCAUUUUGCCAUUGGUCAGAGGGUGAUAGCACGAAAUUACACUGGAAAGUCAAAGUGGGUACCCGGUAUUGUACGUGCACGAUUGGGACCCCUGUCUUAUGAAGUGGAGAUUGGGCCUAACCUAGUUUGGCGUCGACACACGGAUCAACUCCGAGAUUCCAAUGUUCCUGUUACAGACAGACACCCGCCAGUUUCAUACCCCUUGCCUUUUCCACUCCCAGCCACGACCACUGAUCACCCAGUAGCUGAACUACCUGAACAGACAGAAGUUGUCUCGAGGGAGACAGACUGCCCGUCACCCAAAUGCAAUCCAGUGGCUGAAUCGUCCGCUAGCAGCUCACCGAGCCAGAUUGAACAUGUUCCUGUAAAACGAUACCCUUCCAGAGUGCGGAAACCCCCAGUUCGGAUGGAUCUUUGA